AUGAGCGAGGCCUUCCAUUUCCUGGCGGAAUUCAUCGACAGCGUGCUGCCCGACGCGCUGGCCCGUAGGCAGGGCCGCGAGCCGGCAUUCGUGCUAAUCUCGGGUCCGCAGGGCUCCGGCAAGACGUUCAACGCAGCGCAGCUGCUGGCGCACGUGGCGCAGCAGCACCGUGCCGUCGGGCUCUCGAUCGACGACUUCUACCUCCCCGCGGGCGCGCAGGCGGCGGUGGCUGCGGGGGGCAACCCGCUGCUGGCAGGGCGGGGGCUGCCGGGUACGCACGACGUGCCUCUGCUGCGGGACACGCUGGCGCGGCUGCGCAAGGGCGAGGGCGAGGUGGAGCUGCCGCAAUACGACAAGGCGGCGCACGGCGGGCGCGGCGACCGGUGCGCCGCGCGCGUGCGCGUCCAGCUGCCGGUGGACGUGGUGAUCCUUGAGGGCUGGUUCCUGGGCUUCGAGCCCGCGGCCGAGGCCGAGCUCGCGCGCGCGGCCGGGACCUACGGCGCGGCCGCGCUGCGCGAGGUCAACGCGGCGCUCGAGGACUACUCUGCGUGUCUGUGGCGCGCGGCUGGCGUGCCCUCGGUCGGCAUCGUGUUCGACGCGCAGGUUCGCGAGUGCGUGGCCCGCUGGCGCAUCCAGCAGGAGCACGAGCUGCGCGAGCGCUGCGGCGCCGGCAUGACCGACGCGCAGGUGCACGCAUUUCUGGAGCGCUACCUGGUGUGCUACGACGUCUACUAUGCGCGUCUGGUGCGCGAGGGGCUCGGGAACCUGCACCGGCUGACUGUGGGGCUGGACGGAGACCGAAAAGUUACGUAUGUUAGCCAGAAGAAUAUGUAA